AGUCAGACAAACAGCGCUUUACUACGAGCACACACACACUCACACACACACACUCAGCACACAUGACAACAAAAACCUCCAGAGAAACUAUCCUGAGAGCCAACUGAGACUUUCACUGCGCGGCUCGGUACCAAAGGUUUUGGACUUCUCCCCCGAAUCACCCGACAAACAAACCCACCGAGGAGGAGUGGGGAAAGACACUUGAAAUUAUCUUCCUCUGGAGGGAGACUUUUGGUGGAAAAAAAAGGUGAAGAAGCAACAAGGACCCGGCGGCAGCGUCGAGCAAGCUUGUGUGUGUGGCAGAAACCGAGCAGAGUCGAGAAUACGAGGAGCUCCUCUGCAUGUUUUUGGUGUUUCGAGUGUGAUAAAAAACCUUCUUUCACCGCUGCAGACAUCUGGCUGUGUAGAAGUGUGUCUGAGGAGUCAGGAGGGGACGGGACAGCUCCGAGGUAAGACGCUGCUGUCAUGUCAGGACCCCUUUUGGCACAAUAUCAUCGUUUCAUAGAGUUUAUUACACUUUUGUGCAGAGGUGCAGUCAAAGUUGUGAGGAUUGUAGGCCUAGUCGUCUCAGGUGCUCUCCAAGUGUCUGGAAUGGUAUGAUGAAAGACACAGACAGUCCUCUUUUUGUGAUUGACAGCACUAUAUUGAACCAUAAACUCAUUUUAAACAAUGUUGGUAAUUGGUGACCUGUUGGAGGUCUGCAGCGUUUUAAAGGACCUGCUGUAUCUUGACUUGAAUCCAAUUACCAGAGCCAAAACAGCAUUCACAGGCAUGUUCAGCCUGGAGCGAGGAAACUUACAUAUGAAGUGAAACCCAAAUAUUGACCUCAUAGUAAGUUUUACCUGCUUUUGCACAAAUUUGCUCUUCAGUGAAACAUACCAGCGUGUUUUAGUGUUUUAUGCAUCACUAUCUAGUUGCAGGCGAUGAUGAGGGCCUGGCAAGGUCAUGUUUUCAGCUUGCAGCAGGAUCUAAGAAAGUGUCCGCUGGACUGUGUAUUGCAGAGUUUAGAGGUUAUUUCUAUCUAGAUGCUACUGGAUAUUUCUUUUAACUUUAAAUAUUGCAUUGAUGUUUUGUUUCUGCCUCAUAGUUUCGAUUAAAAAGUGACCACCUUAAAACACCUCCAUAAAGAUUUUGUCUUAAAAAACAAGGUUAUUAAGUUAAUUUCCAACUUUGUCUGUGUCAACCUCCUUUUUUUUUAUACAUUCUUUGAAUUUUUGAUGCUUGAUUGUUGCGUUCGGUUUCCCUAGAUGUGGUUGACCAACGUGCCAUUGCAGUAAAGAUGGUUUUAUUGAUGGUAGUUAUGAUAAUGAUGCUUUAUUAGCUUUUAAAGGGUAAAUCAAACAGAAAUUUAUGUGCGUGUAAAUCUAAGUGUCACAGUAAUACCCUGCCAAUUAAAGCUGCAAUAAAAAAAUUUUUAAAAGUAGCAUAAAUUCCAAUAUUUUAUAUCAUAAUACUGUUCUGGUCAGCCAUCUGUUCAUCUUCAUCAGCAUCUUCUGAGUCCGAGCGUCUUUUAUUUUUCUGUUUGUAGGUUUUUAUUGCCCACUCGUGUAGGCAGAUGGACAGUUCGAACGCACACACACACACAGUCCCACUCACUUUGACAUUAGGUUGUGUUGAAACGCAGACAAACACGCCGAGCUCGUUUACAUGUGGGGUUGUGUACACUUGAAUCCACCACUGCUAAUAUUUGUUUAAAUUUGGCUCCCUCGUCUUUGUGGUUACUGGGAUUGGUGUGCCGAAGGCAGGACUUCAUAAUCCUGAUUGCAGGUAUCAGAGUAGUACAAAGUCACAGUCAGGGUUAGUUUUACUACUCUAUGCUGUGGAUGUUGUUAUGCAGCAGGAUUAAUAUCAUAUCUUGCGUGUUAAGAGCUUCAUCUUGCAGUUGCAUUUUUUGGUAGAGGUAGAGUUAAGUGAGAUUGAGGUGUAAGGUCACAGCUAAGAGUUAAAUCAACCUGCGUGUUUUAAACAUUUACUUGUAGUAUCUUUACAUGCUCAAUUCAGAGCUUUUUCAUGACCUGUUUGGAUGAUUUAGAUGCUUUGGCGUGCCAGUAAUUCAAAAUUUUAAAAUCUUGUCGAAAAAGUGAGGACAAAAUAGUCUUUGGGCCUCUAACCAUGUGCAACAUGCACUGUAAAAACUGUUCUUUCUCCCUGUGCUGCCUUAUUAAGCAGCUGAACCCUUUCACAGACAGCAUAUCCACUGCUUCUGCAUGAAAGCUUCAGAAUAGACAACUAAACCAAAACAGCUUGUAAACAUCUCUCCUCUCCUCUCCUCUUGGCUUGUCUGUUUUUUUCUUUCUCUCUCCGUCUCUGUCCCGGGCUUGUUGUUGUUUCCACAGAAUCUUAAUAGACGUGAACAGCCAGACAUCAUUAUGCAGUGUCUGCUAGUUUGUGAGCUACUCGAGUGAAAAGCCUUUCAGACUGCUCCCUGCUGCCGUCUAACUGCGUCACUGCCCAACAAGGAAAUCCCAUGUUUACCCCGUGUUCAUGACCUAAUGUCUUAACUUAUCUGUAAUCACAACACAUCCCGAGGCUCUUUGCGGCGACUUAGCACAUGAUGUGCUCGGCUGCAGAAAUUUGGUGUGAAAUUUGUUCACUGGUUGCAGUAAAGAGUUGCUAAUCCUUUUUGCAAGAUGGUGUGAAAACUUGUGAGUGUCUGAAUGAGGCCCAGCUGCUUUGCAAGACACAUUUCAUUUUACUGCCAGUUAACUAUAAUAUGUCACUGAUUAUAAAAGCAAAAUCUCACCCUAAUCCCUCAUCUGUUUCCAUACGAGAUAUCUUGGUUUUCAAAUGGCGCAGAAAAUAGUUCUUGCUUGUUUCACAGAAUCACAGUUUACAAAGCUAAGUGUCUGUGAUGUCUUGUUUAUGCUUCUCCUGUAUGUUUCCCACGAAGCAGCAGUGACUCUAUAAGCUGUACUGUAAUGACAAGGGAUGUUGUGAGGCUGCUGGUUGUUUAAACGCCACAACAACUGAAGUUAGAUAAGCAAUUAUGGCGAGUCAUACCUCACCCUGGGUUUCACCUCCACUUCCUUUAAUCUGUGCCCCACCCACACUCAAAACAUUUCUGAAGUUGUGAGCUGCCGCGUCACUUGUAAUUGCUUUGUUAAAGCAACUAUUUUUUUAAUGGGCUGUUACAUGUCCCUGUUUUCUGUGUCUCUAUUUGCGUCUUAAAUUUGUUAGCACAACACAUAACCGUAGUUGACUCACUUCGCAUGUGAAAGUACUGACUGUCAAAUUCACUUGUUUAGUGUGGCUGACGUUGGCAGAGCGAGCACCACGAGCUUUCGGUCCACUUCAAAUAGGUUAAUGUAAGCAUGCCUGGGUUGGGGGCACAUUGUCCCAGUCCACACCAGAAACAGCCUACACACAACUUAAAGGGAUAUCCUGUUGCCAACCGCUUGCUUCUCUAGUUAUACCAACUUUAGUAACGACCACACGAUAGCAAUACACAGCGGUCUGAGGAGCAACACACAAACCUCAACCAAAAUGCCACAGCACCUAACUUCAUCAACAGUACAUAUAGGGCCAUAGUCCUUGCCACCAAACAUCGUUUUAACUUUGCCUAAUUUCUUAAGCAAAGAGACUAAACACAACUCACCUACUCUCUUCCAGCAGCCGCUUAUUUGUAGUGAGACCUUAGGCCAGUCCAUUACAGCGGGGUGACGCAGCUCAAGGAAGAACAUUUAUGAUCAUUUCUUCAUCAUUUCCCUUGAAGUAAUAAUCCCCAUACUAAUAAUUUUGUAGUUCUUCUGCCUUAGUAUCUCUGUCUGAUUGCAUUUCCAUGAAGAGACCGCUUUGUAUCGCUAUCCUGCGGUCGUUCCUAAAGUUGGUAUAACUAGAGAAACAAGUGUUAUGGUGUUACGGUGUGUUUGACCCUAAAUAAAUUUUAUGCCAGAAUAUCCCUUUAAUCUCCAUUUUCCAGCUGAUAUUACUGCCAGACAGUGCUGGACUAUGAGACACCACCUGCAGGAGACAUUAGCUGAAAUUACAGCCCUGCCUAGUGGUGGGUGGUCGUACUAGACAUGACAUAUUACAAAUUUUUUAUGCUCAAAAAUAGAAUUUUUUUGUUUAACUAACAAGUAAUUUUAGUGCCAACUAGAGCAAUAACAGUUAAUAACUUUGCUCUAAUUUAGUUUCAGUCUCAAGCCUCUGUAAGGAACUUUGGGUUUGUGUUGAGUUUGGUGCCCAUCCUGGACAAAGUGCCACCCCUUAUCUGUUUUUUUAAUUUUUCCUCACAUGUGUGAACUGUGUUUCCGGUAAAAAAAACCUCAUCCUUCUGUAAUUUAAGAGCCAAAUCUGUCACUGAUUAGAAAUUAGAAAAAGUGGAAAAGGAAGAGCAGGUUGCACUUAACCCCCUAAUUUUUUAUUUUUUAAUUUUUUUUAAGUAUUUUUUGGGCAAUUUUUACCCCAUGCAGCACAUGGUCGGGGCUAGACCCGAACCAGCGACCGCUACGGGGACCAUGGUGCCCAUGCAUGGGGUGCACUAACCCACUCGCCCCAUUAACUCCCUAAUUUUAACCUGAUUCACAACCAGCUAAAAAACCCUCACAGGAACGCAAAUACAUGACUUAAUUGGUCAGUCUUGGUUCUUGGAGAUCUGUUUUUUAUAAGAAGACAAGGACAAGAUUGUCGUGUUUUAUAAUGAAAAUUUACAGCCAAGUGAUUCAGUCCAUUGUGUUUUCUUAAACUCGGAGUCAGAUGUUGUUUUAAAUCAGCAGACCCUGGGACACUGAUGUUUUUGUUUCUUUCUGGUCACACAAAGAGUAAAAAGUUUGUUUGAAGAGUUCAGCCUAUAAAAAGAAAAAGCAUCUGGAUAAAAGUCAGAGUGAAACAGUCUCCUGCGGCAUGUGAAAAGCUUAAUAUUUCUGAAAAGAGAUUUAAAAACAAGAUUAGAAAGUCAACUUUGAACCCCCAUAAAUCAAACUCAUAAAUUGUGAUCUUUUCUUUUCCUUUUUUUUGUCCCCACUCUGUAGCUUCAUUUCUCUUUCUGUGUUUCAUCCGUGUUUUUUGUUUUUCUUCACCUUCAAAAACUCUCUCUCCCUCCACCUCCUGCCCUUUUCUCCCUCUCUCCCUCUCCUUCUCUGUAUCUCCAUCUCUCUGCCCUUUUCCCUGUGCCUCCCGUCAUUUUCUCCCUGAAAGAAUGUUACCUUCACGUGAACUUUAUUUUUAGCAAAUUUUCAAACAAACAGUGCCAGGCGAGAGGAUGGAGUGGAGCGAAAGAUUGUCACAGCUCGGCCCCGGCUGCAUGCGGCUAUUAUUUACGAACAAAAAGGAGAAACAGAGAAUGAAACGCUUGUUUAUGUAAAACUCUUGAGACGUUCCCGGUGAUAUUCAGGUGUAGAGUUACUGGUCACAGAGCAGGAAAGGGGACACAUUAAUUGUAACCCUAAGACAAACAUUGUUAUCUUCUUCAACAGCAGUUUCAUUCAUAUAUGGUUUAUAUUUAUAAAUCAGCUUUUAUUAAACAAAUUAUUUCCAGUUUGGGUAUUAAUCGUCAUCUUUCCGUCCUUCCCUCCUUCCCUUCCUCUGUUAUUUGUGUCUUUUUAACUCCCAGCACCAACAAUGGUAUCUUUUAUUUCGACUUAAUAACAGGACUACAUGAAUAAUCUCUGUCCAUGACGCAGUUCGUGAUGGUUUUCCUGGAAUGGAAAAUUGAACUCCCAGUGUUUUGCCCCUCUCUAUAUUAAUUUUUCUCAUGAGUGAGGUUAAAUCCGGUAAAACCGACUCAAUCUUUUGUCUCUUUUUUAGACUUCCCUGCGGUCUUUGAGCUGCAGCGGCUGCCUGGAUGCGGAGGAAACACUGAAAGCUCUUCUCCAGACCUCCCUUGCUGCCUCAGGGGAGAUUGUCAGAUGUGUACCCAGCACUCACAGCCCCUGGCUCGGCCGCGGGGAUGGCAGCGUCUGCCCUGAACUUGAACGGCCUGGGAGUCAUGAACAGGUCUGCCCUAUUUACAGUAUUAUGUCACCUUUCGUGUGUUUAAAAACAUCUGACUACCUUUGAACUUGUUCGGUUAGUAUGGCUUGGUGUGGUGCAGGUGUGAAGCUGUUAGACUGGAUUAGUAAGAUAACUUUUGGUUUGAUCUGAAAAGAGAUACAGGGAAAUAGAUGAAGAUACCCUGUGGACUUUUAUCGAGAAAAUGCAUGUUACAUUAAAUUACAGAUUUUUCAUCACAAUGCUUCAAAGUCUAUCAUUUUAAUGUAUUAAUGUUGUUUUUUAAGUGUUAAUCAAGUUGUUCCUUAGAGGAAGAUUUCCCGUAAGCUGUCAUGUAACUUGUUUUGGUCGCACAUAUUGGACCGAGACAAAAAGUUGUGUGAUUUUACAUGUGAUAUAAAGUAAUUACCUUUAACCCUCACAUACUGUUCAAAUCCUGUACCCUCACAGUGUGUUCCGGCUCAAAAUUUCCCCUUCAAAGAGUUCAAAGAGCAGUUUUCUGUCACAGAAAGUUCUCUUGACUAGUUAGGUCAUUUUGACCUCUGUCUAGGUGUGUCUGUGUGACUGUAUGUCUGUGUGCGUGCGUGUGUGUUUCUGUCAAGGUAAUGAUAGUUUCAUAAUGAUUUGAAUAUAUCUUUUUGAACAACAAACCUUAUAUUGAACACUAUUGUUACUGUUUGUCACUUGUCCCACACUGCUGGAUCUAAAAUCCAUCUAAAUAUAGAUACGGGUCAAAUUUGACCCGUAACAGCCUUAGAGGGGAAAAAUUUGUAGCACAUAAACAAAAAUACACAUGAAUAUUUUUAAAUUAAUUUCAUGUAUUUUGGGCAACUUCAGGAAAAGUCAUCAAGUUUCAGGCUUAAAAAAUGAUGUUUAGGGUAUUUUUUACUGCUGUUAAAAGUCAAAACGGGUCAAAUUUGACCCAAACAGUAUGUGAGGGUUAAAAAGUAUGAAAAGCCAGUUGUGCUUUGCUGUGAAAUCCCUUAAUAAGAUUGAAUACACUCACCUCUCUCCAUACUAACUUAUUUAUUCAAUAAACUUCCACUAUUUGGACUUCUCUUGUUGUUUUAUGAAAUGGUAAAAAGUCCAAAAAGUUCUGAUUUUAAAUGUGUAAAAUAUGAAUAAAUCCAGUCCUACACUUUUUUUGUGUGUUUUCUGUUAAGACUCUACAACCCUGUCCCAUUUCCUCUCCUCUGCAGCAGUAAUCAGUUUCACACCCAGCCCGGCUCCUCUAGCACAAACUCAGCGGCAAGAACCAGUCCCGCUGGUCGACCUGUGCUGCCAGUUCCUGAUCGGAGUACCUACUGUCAGCUGCUCGGUGGAGGUCUCUACAGUCCUACCAGUCCUACGGUAGUCUUGUUGUUUCCUAAAAAGUCCAACUGUUUAUGAUGAGUUAAUGUGUCAGUCUUUGAGCACCUCUGAUCCGGUCCGGUGUGUCUGCUCCCUAGACAAGCCCUCGGUCCCCGGGCCGCGCUUUCAUCUUCCCUUCUUCGUCGUCGUCGCCCUGCGGCUCUUCCCCUCGCGCUCGCUCUCCCUCCCCGCGGAGCCCGGAGCUGCUGGGUGUCAAUGUGGGCCAGCGGGUCCGACGGCUGAGCUCGCCCGGGUGUGAGGAGAGAGGGGACGGAGAGGGGCAGGAAGAAAGGGGGAGAGAGACGGGAGGAGGAGAAAGGAAAGAGGAGAGGAGACGCCAAGCGCAGCUGCUGCAGAUACACAGGGAGCUGCAAAACGUGGAGGUGAUUUUAGAUUUGAUGGUCCAUAAUGUAGAAACCGUAGUAAACCAGAUCUUAGAAUUGCAUUUCACUCGUAUUAUCUCUGUGUAUUUCAGGUCAGGGGUAAAGUCGGCAUCUUCGAGGCCCACAUUUCUGGAAUUCGAGCUCAGGUGCUCAACAGCGAGCUCCAGCGUAGCCCACGGUCUCCAAGACGCUCUACGGGCCAAACACCAACUAGUCCGAGUCAAGGAAACACGGCCUUUGACUUCUCCAUGACCCACCCACAACAGACUAAAGUCCCCCCUGUCGUCCAAAAUGGAAGAGAAAGAGAGGCAGAAACGGUGGAGGAAGAAAAGAAAGAGAGAGAGAGGAGUGAAGGUGAAAAAGAGGACGGUAGUGCUACUGACACAAACACACAGGACAAGACACUCAUUGAUCAAAAUGGAAGCCAUUUUGGAUCUACGAUGCAAACUCCUUGUUUAGAUGGACUGUCUGAUGUUCAAGGUUCUUUUGAGACACUUAACCUGGAUGGAAAAACAGAUAAAGAGAGAAAAGAGGGCGAGAGGGAGGACAAAGGGGAGGCAGAGACGAGGGAAGUGCCCAGAGAUGAAACAGAACGGACAGAGAGAGAAAUAGAAAACGAGAAAACGGACAAGUUGUGUCUCCAGAGAGAGUCGAACAGGCUGGAUGUUAACCCAGAAACCCCUACCCCGUGUCUGAUUGACAACACUGAUCACACCUCCAACCACUCUCCUUUUGUCCCACCCUCCAUCCCUGCUGUCAUUAUAACUGACCACGGCUUGGAAAACCCACCUCAAACUUCAGAGGGCUUCAACCCAGACCAAGGACCGAGCUUAACACCCAGCCCGGGUUCCAGCCCCAUCCCCGGGUCGAACUUCAUCAACCGUUCCCUCAGGAAGUUGUCCUCCUCCUCGGCCUCCUCGGCGGGGUUCUCCUCAUCAUGGGAAGAGUCGGAGGAGGAUAUUUCCAGUGAUACGGAGAAAGGGGAGCAGCUUCUCAACCCUGCCGUCCUGACCUCCAAACAGAGAGCGGUAAGAAAACAGAGUGUGUUUGCUAGUGUGUGUCAGCGUGUACGAGCUGCCUGUACCAGCUUUGGUUGGAAAAUUGUCCGUGACUUCGGCUAGACAAUGAAUCCGGCGGGAAUACCAUAAAUGAUCCCCACAGAGAAAAUCAGACAAGUUAAACAGAUUGAAGGAAUUUUCAUCUGUUUUUGAGGUUAUUUUAGGCGCUUUUGUUGAGAGACAGGAUCGUGGAUAAAGUAAGAAACUGAAGGGAGAGAGAGAGAGAGAGAUGAGAGAGAGAUGCAGGAAUGAUAUGCAGGGAUGAGCUGAACAGUCUGAACUGACGUGCAAGUGAACCACCACUGCUAUUAGCAUGCCUUAAGGUGGUAUCAUGUCGCCCUAUCUGAAACAGUCACUUGACAAUUGUGAAAAAUUGAUGGUUUCCCAACUUUUACUUUGUGCUCUAUGUCACCAUCUGCCUCUAGGCUCAAAAUUUACAAGCAAACUUUGAUAUUGUCCCCCAAUUCAAAUAAUGACUCAAGUCGUUUUUGAAUGAAAAUGAGUUUUUGCCCAAAAUCAUAUCUUGAUAAUGCUGGCCAAUUGCCUAAAUUUUUAGUUGAAAGAAACCUGCCAUGAUCCUGUCAACCUUUCAUCCUUACAAAUCGCCUAAAACCUUAGUUGAAAGAAUCAUGGCAUGAUCGUUUAAACUAAGGAUUUAGGCGAUUUUACCAGGGAUGACCAGCAUGACUUUUAAGAGGGUGACGAUAUCAGGAUUCUUGGCAUUGCUGAUUUGACUUUUAGCUCAAAGUAACUUCUGCAACUUUGUUUAGCAAGAACACUGAAUAUACUCUAUAUUCGCCCAGCUCAAGCUUUUGCGGCUAAUCUUGAAAGACCUGACGGUUCUUCCUUGAGUGGGUUUGACAACAUGAGCCACAAAUAUGUGUAUCUGUGUGUGUUUCGGUGGGUGCCUCUGUGUUCAUUUGGCCAGAGUCCCCCACCUGAGUAAUGGUUGACAUUCAAAGCAACAAAGCUAGCUCUGUGCCCUGACCUGUGUGUGUGUGUGUGUGUUAGUGUGUGUGUUUCUAGUAUGUGGGUAAAUCUAAGGGUGUAUGUGUGUUUGAUGAAUAGAGCUCAGCUAAUAGAAGAAGGCAAGGAGAGAGAAUUCGCAGUCACACACACUUAGGCUUUGCCUGUGUUUGGACGCUGUUCAAAGAGGAGGCUGAGGCCUGUUUGGGUGUGUGUGUGUUUGUGUGUGUGUGUGUGUGUGUGUGUGCAUGCGUGUCUCUGUAGGUGGGUUUGUGGAUGUGUUCUUAUGUGUAGCCAAGAUAAGUUCACAAGUUCAUCUCACUUCUGCUUUGAAACACGACUUCACAAAAGAUUGUAUAACUAGUCUCUUGCGCUGUUUGUUUGGUAAACAUCGUCCCGGUUGAAAAAGUACUCAAUUUUCAAGACUUUCCACCACAAGAAACUUUUCAUUUCGAGUUUGUGGAGCGCUUGUAUUCAAGUCUUCUCGACUGAAUUGUCAUUUGGUGCAAGAGUGGAAAAAACUGAGCUCUGCUGGUGUCAAAGAUGACCAACUUUGCAUGCUUUUGAAUACUCAGCUCCUUGAAUUAUACAGGAAAAUGCAUCAUCUGCAUAGAAGCGUAUAAUAGCUCAUGAUCUUAAUGUGCUUUAAGAGUUUUAAGGCUCCUGACAGAGUGUGAUGGAUGCAGUUUUCUCGCAUAUUGAAUCUAAUGACCCUUUCCUAUUGAAUGUCCUGCCCAUCCUACUUGACAUGCACAUCAAGCCAUUUGUUUAAAGGAAUCUGGCUGGCGGAUUUGAAUAGUGUUUGUAUUGCUCUUUGCAUAUUCCCGGUAUUUGUUUUUUCCCUCCAUCCUGGCGGUGAAAGAGAGAGAGAAGCUCCUGCUGCAGUUGACAGAAGGAAAGGGUUUUACAACUCCUAGUAAAAGUCUGGAUUUCCCCAUCAUAGUUUUGAGAUGUCAAACACACAGGUUACUCAUGCUCAUGUCUGCAGCCUGUCACAGAUCCUGAUCAGUUGUUAGUUUAAGGAAACCUGCUGUAUGUGUAUGUGUGUGUGUGCAAGAAGAAGCAGACAUGCAGAUACACAUAAAGCAUGCCUGCUUGUGUGGGAGGUAUGUAGGAAAGAAGAGAAAGUGCAGAGGAGUGAUACUGAGAGAGGAAGAAAGGCAGAAGAGAACACUGUGAGCUUAUACGAGUAAAAUCUGCAGGAAGAGAGUAAAGAAUGUGUGCAGGAAAACAAAAAUUUACAGUACUUACUGUACAUCCACCUAAAGAUUGCACAAGAUGAUUGAAUAAAAAAAAAUGUUUUAUUAUAGCAGGUAGAAGACCGACAGCAUUUUAAAAGGGUGCCCUUCAAUAAAACAGGAAAUAAAGAUAAAAUAAACACAGACUCCCACAGUUUAAACAACAUAAACCCCCAUUUGCUUAGUUACUAACAACUGCGAGUAGAUUUAUUUUACUAGUUUGUAAAGAUGUUAUGAUAGUUUAGAUGUGAGACUUUAAAAAAACAGAUCCUCAUUUAGUCAGGUAUUGAAUUCAGCAUCCAUUUACAACCAGUUACAGCUUGACUGAGUCAAAAUAAUACAAUAUAGGGAUAGGGAAUCAUUAGUUGCCCCACGACAUGAUAUUAUUGUGAUUUUUAACCUUUUGCAAUACGGUGAGUGUUGCAAUACAAUAUAUUGGUAUUUAUAUAAUUUUUUCGGUAACACUUUACUUGACGCCUAUCUCUAUAACGCAUUAAAAAUAUCUGUAUAAUGCAUUAUAAUCACCUUACAGCACUGUAUAUUUACAGUUAUAAACACUCAUAAAUUAUCAUAAAGCUUUAUAGCAAUAAUCAUAACACAUACAGCAUUUUAUCAUGAUUUACAAGGUCAGGUAUUAUAAUGCGUUAUGCUGAUAGUAAUACAAGUUUAUAAGAAUAUUAUAACACAUCAUAAAUACAUGUAUAAUGCAUUAUCUAUGUGGGCAUUAUCAGUGAGUUGUUAACAGUUAUAACACAUUUAUAAUACUUGACCUUGUAAGUCAUGAUAAAAUGCUUUAUGAUGUGUUAUGAUUAUUGCUAUAAAGCAUUACGAUCAUUUAUGAGUGUUUAUAACUAUAGUUAUACUGUGCCAUAACAUGAUUAUAACGCAUUAUACAGACAUUUAUAAUGUGUUAUAGAGAUAGACAUCAAGUAAAGUGGUACCGUUUUUUUUAACUGUUUAGCUAACUUAGUAUUUGGCUUUCUUUAAUUAUUCUUUAAUUUUUCUUUAAUUAAUUUGAAAAAUCGAUUCUUGGUUAAAAGAGAUGAUACGAUAUAUCAUCAGACAAAAUAUCGCGAUACUAUGCUGUAUCGAUUUUUUCUCCCACCCCUAAUACAGUAGAUGCCGUCUUAUAUUGUGCCAUCAGUAUGGGAAGGAAACCUCUGAGAGCCAUGCUAAGAUAAUAUUUCUAUACAAAGUGAACAGAUGACGUCCCAAUAUAGACCCCUGGGGUACUCCUUUUCAGAGACUGUAAGUUUAUGCUGAUCUAAAACAGAGAAAAUGUCCCCCAUGCUGUCUGAAACAUUAGAAGUCCAAUUCUUUUUUAGAACAGGAUCAACAAAAGUUAAUUUAUAUUUAAUUUAAAAAGCUCUAUUCAUCCUAAUGUGAUGAAAUGAGGUCCCAAAAUAGACCCCUGGGGUACUCCUUUUCAGAGACUGUACAUUUACGCUGAGCUAAAACAGAGAAAAUGUCCUCCAUGCUGCCUGAGUCAUUCAAAGUCCAGUUCUCUUUUUAGAACAGGAUCAACAAAAGUUUAUUUAUACGUAAUUUAAAAAGCUCUAUUCAUCUUAAUGACUAAAUUCAAAUGUUUCUGCAGUUAUUAUUAAAUAAAUCUGCUUUGUAUUCAAUCAAGUAAGCAUGACUUCUUAAUUCCGUUUUGUACAAACACACUCAAACCCAUCUUCUUUAUUACGGUCAUUGGUUUUAUGACUAUAUCAACUGGUUUUUGAAGAGCGUACACACUCAGAAUCUGAACACAGCCUUUUAUAGACACCAUUUGGCUGAUCUUUUGACUGUUGGGCAUCUCUCCAAGGUUAGACAGCACACGUGCGGUGCCACUGUUUCCCCAGUCUCGUUAAUUGGCAGUGGAGGGCCACCUGCAAUAGAUAGGCAUCUUUGUUUCCUCCCCUGCAAAAUGUCUGUUAAAUGUUGGGGAAGGAAAACAGAAGAAGGUGCAAAAACAUGUUUGAGGUGAGGUGAAAAGGUGUUGCUUGCCUUUUCGGAAAAUCGACCUUCAAGCAUUUGAAAUACAAGUAGAUCUAAAGCACUGCAUGUAAUCGGUGUGCUUCAGAUUUGGAUGAUCAGGAUGAUUUGCCAUCUCGUGUCAGAACAAACUCAAUAUUUGACUUUGUUAUUGAGUAUAAUGACCAAAGAUUUGCAUAUUUUAUCUCUAUUAUCAGAAAAUUGGGUGCUUGAAAAUUUCUGAAAGCUUUUUUUCUUCACAAUUUAUAGAAUUUGAUAACAGAAGUUUAAGCUUGUGGAGCAAAAGCUACAAAAGAGGAGCGUCAGAGAUGAUGCAGAAGAUGAGUUGUUACUCACGCUGUCUGCAAUGUGAGUAAUGACUCGGGUGCCUUACAGUUUUGGACGCAUUUCAAUACACCUGGGCUUCUUAAAAAGAUGCAUCUAUUUAUAAAGCUGUUGGUCUUUUGGAUUAAAGACUGGACCCAGUCUGCUCAACAGUUUAACAGACAUUCACAGACGCCGAACACUUUCAACUCACAUCAGUGUGAAACUUUUGAUAGUUGAACUUUGCAGAAGAGGACACUACCGUAUCCGCACAGAAAACUUCUCUUUCUCACAUCCAUACCUCAACUUACAUUUAUUUUUUCAUCCCUUUAUAUGCAGGGACUCAAACAUCAAAUUCAAAACUUUGAUUAUCAGAGAAAGAAGUUGUGAAUCCAGCCCAACAUCUAAACAGAAAGAGAGAGUUUUCUAGUGCAAAUCUUGACUGGACAAAAACUAACUUUCAUGUCCUAAACCGUAACUCAGCACACACUCUCACACACUCUUUCACACAUACACACACACACAGUGUGUUUGUACUGCAGUGGAAAAUCUUCACUACCACGGCGGCCGGCUGCUAAGCAACCCCGUGACGUCAAACCGAGUUUCCCUCUCACAGCUGUGUGUGCGUUUGAGAGAGACGGAGAGUCUGUAAGUUGAAGUGUGUGUGAAAAAGUGUCUUUUUGCUUCACUGUGAGGAGGGGAAACACCGGUCAGUUCUUAAUUUGGUGCGCCUGUACAAAGUUUGCAAGUGACUGCGUGCCCCGGCUAAGGAGAGGUCAGGUCGCCUUGCUGCUGUAGGUGAAACUGACAUUUUAGUUUGAAGAGAGCCUGGUGUCAAGUCCAGAGCAGAAGUCAAGUGUGGUUUCGCAGGGUUUCAGAGCUGUCAGAAACACGCACGCACAGACACGCACCACACGGGGAAACCCUGCAGAAUGCUAUAUAAUGGUUGUUUAUGUAAGACUCAUUGACUGGAGGUCUACAAAGGUUACAACGCUAUUAUAUUUCAUUUUAAUUUCUGCACAUAAACAAUUUAGUUCUUAAAAAUGAACAACAACAGAAGGUUGCAAACAUUCUCAGUGAUACUAAAAAAAGCAAGAAAACAAAAAGGGAUGAAAACAAAAAUGUGCAAAAUAAGAAAGAAAAAUGUAAGAGAAAAAUAAAGGAAGAAAUAAAAACAAUAAAACAAAAACGGAUGGAAAAAAAUGUGCAAAAUAAGAAAGAAAAACCUAAAAGAAAUAUAAAGGAAGAAAUAAAAAAAAAAACGGAUGAAAAUUGUGCAAUAUAAGAAGGAAAAACGUAAAAGAAAUAUAAAGGAAGAAAUAAAAACAAACAAAACAAAAACAGAUGAAAAAUGUGCAAAAUAAGAAAUAAAAUUAUGAAAUAAAUAUAAAGGAAAAAAUAAAAACAAUAAAACAAAAACAGAUAAAAAAAAGUGCAAAACAAGAAAAUGAAACACAAAAUAAAUAUAAAGGAAAAAAUAAAAACAAUUAAACCAGAACAGAUGAAAAAAAUGUGCAAAACAAGAAAGAAAAACAUAAAAGAAAUAAUAGGAAGAAAUAAAAACAAAGAAAAGCAAUGAAAAAAAACAAAACAAAAUUAAAAGAAAAUAAAAAGAAAUGCAAAAUACUCAAAGAGUAAAAAGACCAACAAAAGUUUGGAAAAAAUGGAAAAAUACCAAAAUAAACAAAGAAAAACCAGAAAAGACAAACAAAUUAUUGUUAAAACAAAAUGAAUAUAGUAAAAAAAAAAAAAUCAAUAAGAGAAAAUAAAACUGAAUAAAUAAAAGCAAGAAAAAAGAAAAUCAGUUAAAAAAAAAAAGAAAAAUGAUAUUGUUAUUUUUUAACUUAAUGAAUACGUGAUAUUUUUUCAGCGGGGAUAAAAAAAACCUGUCAAUCGUAGUAAGUUUCUUUUGCAGGUUAUAGAAACCAACAUACUGAUAACAUCAGAGAAGAGAGGGUGCAAAGAAAACACCUAAACAUGAAACCUGUUUGUUAAAUUUAAUUGAAGGCUUUUUUCAAGUCAAGAUCUGAAGUGAGAUCUUCUCUCUAAUGUUCCAUUGUGACCUGAAGUUGGUUCCUUAUCUGACUUGAGUAUUAAGUGAACCGAGCAGCCACAUCACAAGCAUCUAACCUCUUUUUUCCCUUCAGUUAUCUUGUUUUCUUGCCUGUAGCCUGCCCUGGUUGCUAAGAGAUUUACCAGGCACUGUCCAAGCAUCUACUGCACGUUGUUUGGCCUGCAUCACACUCCAUGCAGUCUAAUUUUGUCGCUGUGUUUUUGUGUUUGUGCCUCUCAGUCGAAGAGCUUUGCAGUCUCAGACAGUUGCAUUAUUUGUAUCUGCAAGAGGACCUUGUGGUGAGCGAUAACAGGCGUGUUGUUUCCUCAGUGCUUCUCUUUCAAAAAAAAAAAAACAUCAGCGCGCAUCAGUGUUUCCCUCGCUGCUUUUUCACUUUGUUACCCUUUGACCCAAGUUUUUGUUUUCUUUUUUUUUGCUUUUCUCUGCCUCUUUGCAUUCCUUCAUGCAUGCAAAUGAGUGAUAAAGUCAACCUGUGUAACCAUAGUCUUCUGGUUUAAGACACAAAACCAACUUCUAAUAACUUUUUAUGCAAAUGUGACGCAAAAGAGCGCAUGCGGUAAAGAUUUCUACACAUACAACUGAUUGAAGAGAAUAAUGAUCAAGAGGCCAGUCGACCCUCCUCGCUUCUUCUUUAGCGUUCAUUCUCUGUCGGUUGUUUAUAGAGGGCAAGGCCUUUUUUCUUUCUCUCUUUUGUUUGUAGUCAGCGGCGGAUGUGGAAAAUACUGUCGCUGAGGCAAGCGGCACUCCCCCCCCACUUCCUGUCUGCAAGAAGUUCCUUCUCUUACAAUUUCCUCUCUCUCUCUGUCUCUCUCUAUCUCUCUCUCAAUGGAAACUUCGCAGUUUCUCCUACUCUCUCUCUCUCUCUCUCUCUGCUUGUCCUCCAGCUGUUCUGGGGAAAGAGAUAGCAGAGACAGAGAGACAGGCGGAGCUGAAAAAAGCGAAAAAGAGAUGGACAAGAGAAAAUAUGUGCAGUCAAUUUCUACCAAUUCAAACUAUUCACAUUCGCUUCAAUAAUUUUAACAAUAUUUUAACUUUGAAAAUCAAGGAAAGGAGCUGUCUUUAUUAGGGGUGCGAAUCACUAGUGGCCUCAUCAUAAGAUAUUAUCAUGAUACUUGGGCCACGAUACGAUAUAAUUGCGAUUUUUAGAGUAUUGUGAUACGAUAUAUUGUGAUUUACAUAAUUUUUUCAAUUGUGUAGCUAAUCUAGCAGGUGUCUUUCCUUUUUGUUUGUCUUAUUUACUCUGUAUUUUAUUUCAAACGGUUGAUUUAAUUUUUCCAUUUUCAUAGAUUUGACUUCAAAUUAACAAUUAAUUUGAAAAAAAUCGAUGCUUGGUAAAUGAGACGAUACGAUAUAUCACCAGACAAAAUAUUGCGAUACUAUGCCGUAUUGAUUUUUUCUCCUACCGCUAAUUUUUAUUUAGGUGUCUAAAAUAAAACAUACAUCUCAUUGCUAAACAACUUCAACUUCAUGAGCAUAAAUGGCUGAAGCUAAAAUAACAUGCACAGCUUUAAACACUAUUAAUCAAAUGUAAAAUGUGUGGUCAAUUGCAUGGAUUACCUAUAAAAAGGCAGAAUUUUGAGGUCUGUCAAAGUCGAUUUUCACAUGGGACAAAAUUUUCCUGAAAAUUUCGAAUAAAUGUAUGAUAAUUUGAAACACUUUGCCUCCAUAUUUAACUCUUAUAUUUUUAGUUUAGUGUCUUAAACAGGACAUGUAGAAAGUAAGGCAGGAGCUACACUACAAGUUUGACAUACAGGUAAUUACAACUUAAAGCUCCUGUGUGGAUUUUUUAGAUAUUUGUGAAAUAGACUAGAUAUCAUAUUGAUGCCAUUUUCUGGUAUAAAAAAGCAAUGAAAACCAUCAGGGACAAGAUGGGCAACUUUAAAAUGUUUUUUUCUGAUGCCUCAAAUUGGUGUGAAGGGGUAGGUGUGCUUGCGUCUGUGACUUGUUCAAUUAUCAGUCCAGUUUGAGUGUUAAAAAGUGGUUUAUUGUUCCAAAAAAGAAACGAAAACACUCUGAUCCAGGUCCAAAACUUUUGCCUUCGAAUGAAAAAGUGAUAAGAUGAAAUGAGGUUAAAACAGGAUGAGUGAAACAGUCAACAGAUAAUUAUCAGAGCUUACCACAACUCAUUGUCUGACAACACCGGUGAGAUUUAAAUAACCUGCCAAACGUCCCAAAACCACACCCAGGAAGUGACAAACCUAGUAGAAAUCAUACUUAAACAAAUAUAUUUCGGCUCCUACAAUUGUACUAUUGACUGUCAAAGCAAGCAGAGUGAAAGAAAGUUCCACACAGGAGCUUUAAAAUGCUAUGAACAUGAUGAUAUCCAAUAAAAAGUCCCACUCGGUGUGAAAUUUCUGCCAUUCAAAGUCCAAAAAAAGCAGUUUUGGUUUGCAGUUGGUCAACUCCACUGACACCCACCCCCUUCCAGAGGUUUUAGACGUUACAUACGACUAUAGAGAAACUGCUAACCUUGUUGCUGAUGAUCUGGUUUGCUUUUGCACAUCAGAUAGAGGCAUCAGUAUCAAUUUCAGUCUAUUUUAUAACAGCACCUCACAGCAGCUUGAAAAAGAAGCUUGUUAUCUAUAGGAGUGAAUAUGCACAGGUGGGUCUGUGUCAGCAUGUCGGCUAGAGGGGGAGUGUGUGUCUGUGAGGCCAAUCACAGGUGAGGGUUGGGUGCACUAAUCCCACAGGCACCAGAGUGUGUAACCUCUUUAAGGAUAUGUCAGGGUUUUCUAUUAUCCUGCUGUGAUUAUACGCACACUCAAAAUGCAGCUCUCUCAUUGGCCGACUGGAUUCAGCUGUAAAAGCAGGAUCAAAACCGUGAAAGUCGAAUUUCCCAGACAUUCAUAAUCAUUCUUUUUUACACAAGAGGGUUGCAGAUGUUCCAUACAGAUCAUUUUCCUGGUAACGCAAAUCUUUCAAAUACAUGAAAGGGUGUUUUUUUUUUUUAUCUACAUGUUCCACAUUUAACACAACCAUGCAAAUUUUACUUUCACAGACUCUUGUCACCUGCCAGCUGUGCCUCGAUAGUUUCUGGGGUUUUUGUCGGAAUAUCAUCUCACCAAUUUCAUGUUAAGAACAUAGCUCGCAAUGUUUUCAUCAUAUCGUUCCUCUUUGCGUACUAUAGCUUAUGUUGUAAUCCCUGUCGCAGUAUUUCUUCCUGGCUCUUAAACAUGACAGGCAGCCGGGUUGCACAAACAUAUAUAGGUAGAAAAACAUGUCUGAACACGCAGGUUUAGUCAGUUUUCUUUGCUAAGCCUUGUCAUGUUUCCAGUGUUUUAAGUAAAACGCACUCACACGCACUCACACGCACUCUCACCUCUGUCUGUCUUACAAAUGUUGUAACCUGAGUGAAGAUUUGCAUGUCCAGAUUGUUUACCCCCCCCCUGUUUUGCCAAUCAAAUGAGCCACAAUUGUUUACACUCUCUCAGACACACGCACACACGUGUAAAUCUUGUGGGACAUAGAAAGAGAAGUCUGAGGUUUUUAAAAGCGCAGACAGGGACAGACGCAGAGUUUCGGAUGCAAUAGCAGGAGAACCGGGACAGAUAAUCCGUCUUGUUAUUUUGUCACCUCCGUCAGCCAUGAUGUGGUCUGCGUGGCUGUGCUCAGUGUGGAGUGUUGUUGUGCCAGUCGGAGCCAUCUUUAUCAUAACCAUCAUCCACCUCCGUACCAGCCACCACCAGGUACUCUUACUUCAAGGCUGUAUUUACUGUCAUGGAGAGCUUUUCAUACCUGGAUGAUUGGACAACUGUAUAAUUUUAUUGGGCUAAUAAUAAUAAUAAUAAGGAUCUUCCAUUUACAUUGCACACAAACCAAUCGUCUCCUCUCGUCUCCUCUGAUUGCAUUUCCUUCUCACUCUUCACGCUGUGACUACAUGCACACAUUUGAGACAGUCCAGACUUUCUUCUUCUGUUUCUCCAGCUGUGAGUGGGCAGCGUGGAGGAUGGAUGACAGUCUGAGUUGACAGAGAAACUGCAGCAAACCAAGCUUCAGUAUCAUACUUUUCCACUCUGGAUUAUUAAAGGGAAAGGUGGUGGGAAAACUGUUCAGUUUGUCUUUUUAGUGCUUAUUUUUUUUUUAUUAUACCUGCACAAAAACACACAAAGAUGCAAAGAGUUAGCUUCGACUGGAUGUUUCCUUUCGUUUUCCUGUUUAGGCCUGUAUGAUGCACAAAAGAGAUGUGCAUUUACCCAAUAUAGGAAUGUGGAUAUAAAAAUGUGUUAACUGGGCAAAUGGUAGUGUGCUAACCAGUUAGGGGAAAGUGGGGUAAGUUGAGCCACCCAAGAAAUUGAUCAUGUGACCAAAUAUAUAGGAGAUGGGCAUCAAUUCAUGGAGUCUGUGAAGGUUAGAGGCACAUGGGUGAAGGGGUUAGACAUUUAUGUUAAAAAAAAAAAAAAAUUUUUCACUCUUGAAAGUGAAUUUAGUCUGUCAUAAGUUUUAUUAGAAUUGUAUUCGGACCAAAAAAGAUCAUUUUCAAUUUGUUCUAUACAUCAAUUGUGGUAUCUAUGAGCUACAACAUGAGGUCAAAAACAGUGCAUUAACAUUAUUAGGGAUACGGCUCAACUUACCCCGCUCCUAUGGUCAACUUACCCCAUAUGGAAAUGUGCACAACAUCUUAAAAUAUAUGCAGAUACGCUAGUUAGAGACAAAACUAUGAUUGACUUGAUGAAAAAUGUCUCAUCUUACCCCACUCUCCCCUAUAGCACUUUUAUUGACUUUUACACAAUACCUUUGUAAACGUUAAACUGUACAAUCAAACGUUAAUUUCAAACAUUGUCAGAAGGAAAAUGUGAAAAAUCCGUCCUUCCUCACUCACUCCUGUGGCCCAUUUCAGCUGACCCACCUCACAGUCAGUUUCCACCAUGUGACCUGCACACGUGUGUGUGUGUGUGUGUGUGUGUGUGUUUGACUUUGUGUAGGGGUUGCGUUCUUCUCUCUCUUUCCUUCAGUGGUGCAGAGAAAAACCCCUCAUGUGACCCUGUGAGAGACGAGAGUGUGUGUGUGUGUGUGUCAGUUUGAAGGUGUGUGAAAAUGUGUGUGUGCGUGCAUUUCACCAUAGAUAGUCAUACUAUCAGCUGAUGAAUUUUCAUCAGGUCCAGAUUAUGCGACAUGGGUUAUAUAUCUCCUUCUAUGGUUGUCUCCUCUCUUAUCUCACCCGUCCUCUCCUCUCCUCUCCUCCGCUCUCCUCUCCUCUCGUUUCUUUUCUUUCUAUUCUUCUCCACCUCUCAGGUUAUUUGUGGACAUAAUAUUAGGUUUCCUGGUGUUUGCAGGGCAGAGGGAAUCAUCUGCGUGACAUCAUGAAGAGAGCAGAGCUUCUGGAUCUAGAAAUGCUGAUAUUAUGAAUUAAUUUCACUGCUACUGCGCUUUAAAUUUCACUCAGAGCAAAGCCUUUUGCGUAUAAAUCAAUUAUGAUAGAUGUGGGAAGCACUCCUCAAGUAAAGACUCUUGUUUUGUCUAAUUUUCUGUCACAGCGUUUCACAGGCAAGCAUUGUUCAAACCCACAGAACAAGACAGCUGGAGGUUUUCCAUCUGAUGUAAUGCUGCAGGCAACAAAAAAAAACGGUGUCAUUGGUUUUGGUGUUUUUCUUCAACAAGAGCUUUCAUGAGGUGCUGCAACACACAAUAAAAUCAGUACAAAGAAUAUCAGCAGAAUUUAGGGAUAGUUUUGCAUGAUAAGGGAAAACACGAUCAGAAGAAAAAGAGGUAUUUUUAACCUGCGUCUUUGCUCUACUCAAAUGUCAAAAUGUCCCACUUCUUGUUCUUUAAACAAUAGUCUAACUUGUCAUGCGCUCAUCCAGUAAACCAACAGUCUGGUGUUACGACAGAGACAAAGAGAGAGUUCAGAUGUCUGUCUUCAGUGGUUAAAUAUUGAUGCGACUCUUAAAGGAAAGUCUUUAGAUCGCAGAGAGCUGGAGAAAAACAGAACUUAAAUCAGUCUGAGGUCACCCUGAUAAAAAAGAUCUGUGUGUGUGUGUGUUGUGCGUUUUUUGGUGUAUGCAUGGCAGCAGUCCCGCAGUUCAUUUCAUGCCAGGGACAGGGAGAGCCCUCGUUGAAACUGUGUGUGCAUGAGUUUGAGUUUGUGUGUGUGUGUGUGUAACCAGGGGAAACCCCAGCGUGAUCCUCCAGAGUUUAGUCGAAGUGUCAAAAGCAGCUAAAGAAGGAAAAGGAGAGAGAGGGAGAACCUGGCAGAGGGAGAUUGAAAACAGCUCCCUCGGGGUCAGGGAUGCCCCACUGUGUGUGUUUGUGUGUGCAUUUGUGUGUAUGUGUUUAAAGACUUGUUUUGUACCCCCACCAUCCAAAAAAAGCCCUGGGUAAGCUGGAAAUGUCGGAGGAGGAUAAAUUGAACUAGCGAUACUCUUGUUUCCGUGGUGAUCUUUGGCAGAAUUAGCGCUGAUGUUUUAGGGAUUAAGCAUGUAGUCGACUAUUCAUGUGUAAAAGGUUAGUGAACUCUGCGUCAUAUGGUUUUAUGUUUUCUCUACUGAAGAGUCGAAGAAGUCUAAAAGUCUAAACAAAUUCAUGAUUAAAAAAAGACCAUCAACAAGAGGAGUGACUGUUUCCUCAAAGUUAGUUUCAAUAAAUUAAAUCUCUUUCUCAUUUUCCACCCUAAAGAUUUGUGAUGAGCAAUACAUGCCAUGGUUAGAAGAUGAGAUAAUUUGUCAUGAAACACUCAUAAAACACACAGGAUAAAAUCAGCAAUGACUACGUUGUCCACAGGGGGUGCCAAAAUCAACAUAAACUUGAAGUUUCACAUAUAAGAUCGUUAUUCUAGCUGAAGUUGUACUAAAUUGAGCUUCUCAAAGUUGGACUAAAAUGUGGUUGAAGAUAGAUUUUCUCAGUCAUGCACAAGCUUUAAAGGGAUAUUUUGGUGUAAAAUUAAGUUUAGGGCCAAACACAACAUCACACUGAGUUGGAGACACCCCGUUGAGAGAUGAAUGUUGCUGACCACUUGCCUCUCUAGUUAUACCAACUUUAGUAACGAUCGCACAAGAGCAAUACAGUGAGACACACACUCAACCAAAACGCCACUCUAUAGCCACAAAUAAUGCUCAGAACAGCACCUAACUUCAUCAACAGGACAUAAAGGGUCCCAGUCAUAGUACUAGCCACCAAACAUCUUUUUAACUUUGCCUGAUUUCUUUAGCAAAGAGACUAAACACAACUCACCUACUCUCUUCCAGCAGCCGCUUGUUUGUAGAGAGACCUCAGGCCAGUCAUUUAUGGACUACAGCGGAGUGCAUGGCUCAAGGAAGAACAUUUACGAUCAUUUCCUCAUAGAAAUGCAAUCAAACCGAGACGCUAAGGCAGAAGAACUACCGCGUCUGCAGUGCAAAAUGAUUAAUAAGGUAAUUAUUACUUAAAGGAAAUGAUAAAGAAAUGAUCAAAAAUGUUCUUCCUUGAACUGCGUCACCCCGCUGCAGUCGAUGGACUCGCCUGAGGUCUCCGUACCAACAAGUGGCUGCUGGAAGAGAGUAGGUAUACUGUGUAUAGUCUCUUUGCUAAAGAAAUUAGUCAAAGUUAAAAAGAUGUUUGGUGGCUAGUACUAUAGCAGGGACCCUAUAUGUCCUGUUGAUGAAGUUAGGUGCUGUUCUGAGCAUUAUUUGUGGUUAUAGAGUGGCGUUUUGGUUGAGCAUGUGGCUCUCUGUAUUGCUAUCCUGCGGUCGUUACUAAAGUUGGUAUAACUAGAGAAGCAAGCGGUCGGCAACAGUCACCCUUGACAGGGUGUCUAACUCGGUGUUAUGGUGUGUUUGACCCUAACUUAAUUUUAUGCCAGAAUAUCUCUUUAACUGGACUGAAACUGGUCUAAGUUUUCUGUGCAUGUCGCCCCCUACUGUAGCGGAGGGGAACAUUCGUCUGUUGGUGAUUUAACUCUGCAUGUAAAUCUACUGACUCUGUUUUUAACCUUGUUCCAGUAUUAUUAAUGAUGUAGCAGGUUAACGCUGAUGCAUUAUAACUUACAUUGUGUUUUGAUGUUUUUAGCACAAAUCUUGGAAGAAAAUAAAGAACAUGGUCCAUUGGUCACCGUUUGUCAUGUCUUUCAAGAAGAAAUAUCCCUGGAUACAACUGGCUGGACAUGCAGGUAAGUAAACAACAACUAACACAUCUCACUUGUUCUUCAGUUUUUGUAUUUCUGAGUUGUUUGGAAGUGAAUCUGUGGGGAUGGUUAGACAUGUGAUUGCGAAACAUCAGAUGAUCCCUGCUUCGAAUCCGUUUCCUGGAGCCUCGGGGAAAGUGGAAACACUUGAAACAGGGGCCUGCUCUUCCCCACCAGCUGAUUUAUCUUGCAUAAAAAUGUUCUGCUAAAAAAAUAAGAGAAAGUUUAUCAUUGUUGCGCAACAACACAUGAACCCUUACUUUCUUUUCACUCAAGCCUCUGUGUAAAGACUUUCUCAGGCUGCUUCUCUGUUAAGAUUGUCUUUUUUUUUUUUCAGGGAGCUUCAAGGCGGGUGCUAACGGCCGUAUACUAAAAGUAAGACACUCUUAUUAAAAAUUAUUUGUUAUUUGUUUAAAUCACACUGACUAAAGAUAAUAACUAACUGCUGAUGUCUUUUAGAAACACUGUGACUGUGAGCAGCGCUGUUUGUCCCUCCUGAUGAAAGAUGUUCUUCGCCCCUACGUCCCUGGUUACCAUGGAGACGUCGAGAAGGAUGGGCAGAAAUACAACCAGAUGGAGGAUCUGUUGGCCGAGUUUGACUUCCCGUGCGUGAUGGACUGUAAGAUGGGAGUGAGGUGAGAAAACACAUCGCAAAAGUAAAUGGUGAACAGGAUGGUGGGUAUUGCAGAAGUGCUUUUUAACAGAUAUUUAUGCCAAAACUACAACUCUUUAACCUGCAAAGAGAAAGUUGAUUUCAGGUGUUUUAAAUUUGCACGAUUUUCGAAGUUUUAACUUUUUCCUCAACAAUAAUACGCUUGUUUUGAAAUUGCUAAGAGGGCAACAACACAGCAACAAACUCAAGGAUUCACACCUUUAUUUAGUGUUUAAACCUAAAGUUAGUGUCUCCAAAUGUUAUUUUUGAUAUUGCGAGGACUAGAGUCAGACCCUUCUCUCUAAGUUCAGUCCGAAAGUUUAGGAACAAUUUUUGGAUCACCCUUUGUAUUCCUUUAUAAAUGUUGUCAAAUUAUCUUCUCAUAGUUGGAGAGAAACCUGGUAAAAAUAAAAAAAAAUGGUAGAAAAUGUAGUUGACAAGUAAUAAUGGUGAAAAAACCCUCAAGUUCACACAGGUGUCUUUUUGAGCUUCUAUGACGUGUCUUUGUGUAAGCGGCGUCUACUUCACACCUUGGUCAGACUCUACUUUCCUUCCUAGUCUCGUGUCGUUCACCCAUCCCGUCACCGCAAACUAUCUGUCUUUUCUCACGUUUCAGAACCUACCUUGAAGAAGAGCUCACCAAAGCUCGUAAGAAGCCCUCCCCGAGACCCGACAUGUAUCAGAAAAUGAUUGAGGUUGACCCCGAAGCUCCGACGCCCGAGGAGAACGAGCAGAAAGUGGUGACCAAACCCCGAUACAUGCAGUGGAGAGAGACCAUCAGCUCCACAGCCACCCUAGGAUUCAGGAUAGAGGGAGUCAAGGUAAGACGAACAAUAUGUGUGUGUGUAUAUAUAGAUAAAUAUAUAUGCGGCCUUCCUUCCCUCCUUUCUUCCAGGGUUUGGUGCGUGUCUGUUUGUGAGGAAGGGUGUGUGUAUGUGUGUCCUUCAGGGGCAUGGUCGUACUUCCUGUUUUGGACAGAAACUUCCUCUGAAGUAAACGUUUGUGCAGGAGUUCCUUUGUCAAACAUGAGGUCUGUCCAUGGCAGCUCUAUAUGCCUCAGCAUCUGGCACUGACAUUACACACACACACAUGCCUACACACACACACACACACACACACACACACACACACACACACACACACACACACACACACACACACACACAUCUCACUCUCUGCUGUCUUUAUUUUAAGGGCUUGUGACUAUAUAAGGACAUUCAUUACCUCCCAGUGGUCUGUUGCCAUGACACUGAGGGUUAUCCCCAGAAACAGUGUGCUUGCGUGUGUGUGCGUGUGUGUGAGAGAGAGUUCAAUGAGUUCAUAUGACAUUAGAUGUGGAUAUAGAUUAGAAAGGAGUGUUUAAUACUGAGGUAUGUUGUGUUUGCGUUGAAGAGGGAGAGGGCAGCCGCUGAACUCAAACCUGAACCAUGAAGGAAAAAAUAGUUUUGGCUCCUCGUCCUACUUUGUUGCCUGGCAGCCUGCAGAAGAAGAAUAGUUCAUUUAUUCCACUGUGAACAAGCACACUGGUUGGCAAUCACUGCUGUUAAUUCCUCUGGUGGUACAUUACUUUUAGUGCUUCUGUUUAAACUGUACAAGCAAUGCUACCACUGCCGCUGAGAUAUGCUAAACAGUGGUGGUGGUUGUAUUUAUAUCUGGCCUCUUCCACUCACCAAAACUUACUUUUAACUUGCCAGUAAAAAGCAAAGUUCCCGCAGGUUGACUCAGUGAAUACACCGCUGUAACAGUUCAAAGCAGACUUGUGAUAAUUGAAAGUUUAGUAACUUCUGUGUAAGUAUUUAUUGCUGUACCUCUUGUUGUUCCUCCUUUACUCUGCUUAUCUGGUGCAGAGGUGUUAAUCAUUGAGUAAAUUUGCACCAAACAGACAUAAAAUGAAUCACAGGUCUAUAAAAACAUUUAUGUGUAUUUCUUUACAGUCCAUGUUAAAGGGAUAUUCCGGCGUAAAAUUAAUUUAGGGUCAAACACACCAUAACACCAAGUUAGACACCCCCUCGAGAGAUGAAUGUUGCCAACUACUUGCUUCUCUAGUUAUACCAACUUUAGUAACGACCGCAGGAUAGCAAUACACAGCGGUCUGAGGAGCUGUAAACAAACCUCAACCAAAACGCCACUCUAUAGCCACAAAUAAUGCUCAGAACAGCACCUAAUUUCAUCAACCACCAAACAUCUUUUUAACUUUUCCUAAUUUUUUUAAUAAAGAGACUAAACAUAACUCACCUACUCUCUUCCAGCAGCCGCUUCUUUGUAGCGAGACCUAGGGCUAGUCCAUUAUGGACUGCUGAGGAGUUUCGCAGCUCAAGGAAGAACAUUUAUGAUCAUUUCUUCAUGGAAAUGCAAUCAGGCCAAGACGCUAAGGCAGAAGAACUACCGCGUCUGCAGUGCAAAAUGAUUAAUAUGGUGAUUAUUACUUCAAGGAAAUAAUAAAGAAAUGAUUAUAAAUGUUCUUCCUUGAGCUGCGAAACUCCUCAGCAGUCCGUAAUGGACUAGCCCUAGGUCUCGCUACAAACAAGUGGCUGCUGGAAGAGAGUGGGUGAGUUGGGUUUAGUCUCUUUGCUAAAGAAAUAAGGCAGAGCUAAAAAGAUGUUUGAUGAUUAGUGUUAUGGCUGGGACCCUAUUUGUACUUUUGAUUAAGUUAGGUGCUGUUCUGAGCAUUAUUUGUGGCUGUAGAGUGGCGUUUUGGUUGAUGUUUGUUUAAGGCUCCUCCGACUGCUGUGUAUUGCUAUCGUGCGGUCGUUACUAAAGUUGGUAUAACUAGAGAAGCAAGCGGUCAGCAACAUUCAUUUCUCGAGGGGGUGUCUAACUUGGCACCGGAAUAUCCCUUUAACACUGUAAAGAGAUUCCUACCACUGUCUUGAUUUAGGAAUCAAAUGAAUGCAGUGGGGUUAGAUUUUGAGGUGUAAUACUCAGUAAAUGCUGCUCUGCUACCACACCGACAGUAAGGCAUAUGACUGAUCACAGCGUGCAAGCCUGAGGACGUCCCUUUAGGCCAGAGUCUGAUUACACAAUGUUGAGUCAGUUUGCACUUAAUCAGCAAGCACUGUCGCUAACAUCUUUAAUUCAGGGUCAUCCACAGGUCACACUCUCUAAAAUAGAGCUCUGUUGGCUUCUGUGAGGCUGUUGUUCGCUGAUAACCAUCUGUUUAGUCUGUGAAUGUCAACUCAAGGCACUUGGGGGAUAUUUUAAUUCACUUUGACAGGAAGUACAUGUGGCUUUUAACUCGUCAAUUGGAAGUUUGUCAAUUGAUGAUGAGAAAAGAAAGAAAAUGUUUAUCAUGAGCUUACCUCUUACUUCUUCUGUAAAUAGUGGAUGACUUUUUGACACAUGACAACUGAAUGAAGUUAUUCUUAUUCUUAUUCUUAUUUAUAACAUUAUGAUUAAUGUGUUAAAACUUGGAGGAAGCGGGCUUUAUGACUUACGCUGCUGCCAGUCUUCACAGGGAAGGCCGAGCUUUGGCUUUAUUUUUAGAAGCUGUUGUGAUUUCCAAGGUGUUUGGUCAGGAAAAGCAAGUAAUGGUAAAAAGUAUUCGAUGGCUUCGAUUCACGGAAAAUCGUUUCGCGUUUUUCCCCCCGAAUUAUUUUUAACACGGUGAUGAAAAAUGACCAAGACGUGUUUUCAUAACAGAAAUGUGAGAAAGCUCGGGGAAAUUUCAGUUCCAGUCAUUAAACAGAGUGUAUUAUAAUAAGGACUGGACUGAGAAACUCUGAGAGACCCGUCAAGUCUUUGAAGCUGGAACUCUAAAAAUAUCCCUCCCCUUUGUUUGUUCUAUUUUGUCGUCUUUCCACCCCUCUGCUCUUUCUCCUUCCUCUCUCCCCAUAUUCUGCUUUCCCAUCUUUACAAGACACCAUUUUUAAGAAUAGAGACUCAGGAGUAUUUAACAUUCAAACAUGGAUAUUUAUUUACACCCUAAUGCUCACUUUAAGUCUCUUAAUCUCUCCUUUGCUCUUGCAGAAGGAGGACGGGACGGUGAACAGAGAUUUCAAGAAAACAAAGACAAAGGAGCAGGUCGUUUCAGCCUUUCAGGACUUUGUGAAAGGAAACAAGGACAUACUGGUGAGUGUGACUGGAGUUAAACAUACUGUUAUCAGCCUUGACCCGCGCAGGACCCAAAAACAGACGAGGAAUGGAAAAAGAAAUGUUCUGAGCCGCUUUAAUAACCCCAUGGGAAACACUCACACGUAUAAAUAUACACACACAAACACACAAUGUGACCUUAAGCCUCAAGAGAGCGAAGAAAAGGGAAGUCCUUGGGAACUCCCUGGGCCGCUCCUCUCGCACAAAAAGACACACUCACACUAACACACAUACACAUAAAUGACAGCAGAGUGUUAUUGUCAUUUAUCCUACCCCCUUUAUUUAACAUUAUUUGUUACAGGAGUGUCAUUUUUAAUUCAGAUGAUAAAGCUAAAUUAUGAAAUCUUGUGUUUUGUUUCCCAGAACUGUUAUUUAACCAGGCUGAAGGAAAUCAGAGACACUCUGGAGACCUCCCCGUUCUUCAAAACCCAUGAGGUAAUGUGAAAUCCAGGUGCAACUAAAAGACAGCAUUAAAACCAAGCGAUUUUGCCGUUUUAGAUUUAGCCAAAAAACACCAAACUAAACACUAUUCAUGUUGAAAUAACGUGAAGAGUAUAAUGUAUCUCAUAUGAACAUAUUGCUACUCUGAGAAACUGUGAAAACUGCAUUCUGACCCUCUCGGUCUUUGUGUGUGGGUUUUAGCAGAUGCGAUGUUAUUUUUAUGCUUUGUUGUCUUCUUCUCUGCACCGGGUAUUUGUGAAGACCCUUGACCGAACAUGUGAAGCGCACAAACAUUAAAGAAAAUAUUUUAAAGGUUUCGUAUAGAUGAACUCAGAGGACCACUGCAUCUCGUGAAGCCGCCAUUACUGCUUUGUAGUGCUUGCUGCUGUUUCCUGACUUUGACAUGAGUAUAGAUAGUUGGAUUAAAGUCGUUAGAGAGGUGCUGAUGAGGCGUCUUCAUCAGGCAAUCAUACCAUUAUUUAGAUUAUACAUGAAAUGCAUUAGGUCUAACAACAGCCCAAUGACACGGUGGAAGAAUAAAGGAAAAACGUCACCAUUAGCAGCAGUUAUCUCAUUCGCUUAGAAUCUUAAUUAAAGGUGGGGUAGGCAGGAUCUGAGGAAGUGCCAGUUUUUGGGGAGAACUCUUGAAGGUAAACUCUACCCCUCCAGACCAGUUUUCCCCUCAGCUCCUCCUCUCUCCUCCCUCUCUGCUCCAGAAAGCCCCGCCCACAAACAGACGCUCCUGCUCGCUCAGAUAUAAUGCAGAUAAAUAUUUCAGAUAAUUACAAAUGGGGCCCAGUCAACGUGAAAGUAAAAAACAUUGGUGCUUCUGUAGAUGCCAACAGACUACCAGCAAACACAAUGUUUGUAGGACUUCUACAACUAGGAUAAAGCAUAUGAAUAAACAAAUAUAAUUUAAUUUUGGAGCGUAGGUGUCCACAUGUCCAGAUAUCCUUAGAAUUAGAGUUGAAUAGAAAGUCAUGGCAAAUGUUUAUAUAGCAGGAGGAGGUUCAGGAUGAGUCUUCUAGACUACACAGAGGCAUUUGAAGCUUAUUUGAUGUUAUAUAGGAAAUUCUUUAAAUUUAGGAUUUUGUGUUCCUGUUCUGUACAUGUAUGAGGAAGAUAAGUUAUGAUGAAUUUAAUGGACUGUGAUUUACAGGGGCCCUAAAAUACUUGCGAUCAAUUGAAGCCAGGUUGUGUAUUUUUCCUGGCAGUGUCUCAGAUUAUACAGUCGUGAUUUUCAUUUCCCCCACAGAUCUUCUCUUUUUCUUCAGAAGCCUCGGCGAUGAGGUGUUUUGUUCUAAAUAAGUGGAGCAUCAUGACACCUUGUCCUUCAUUGACACAAUUCACACACUCAUGAACCUGCUUAACCGCACGUAUACAUUCAGUUCACACACACACACAAAGGAGAUAUGAGUCUCAGACGUUGGUGUAGCAAAACAGGAUAUGAGGGGCACAAACAAAUAUAGUGUCUUGUAGAAAAAGAAAGAAGACUGUCAUUGUUUCCUGUGUUUUUUUUAUUCAUCCUAUUGUCUUUGUGUGUCUGCAGGUCAUCGGUAGCUCCUUGUUAUUCGUCCAUGACGGUAAGGGGCGGGCUAAAGUCUGGAUGAUCGACUUUGGGAAAACCACGCCUCUUCCUGACGGACAGGAGCUGACGCAUCAAGCAUCAUGGGUAGAGGGAAACAGAGAAGAUGGUUAUCUGAUUGGACUCGAUAGCAUGUUGGACAUCAUUUCUUCCAUGGUGAACUCUGACACUUAAGUCGGAGGGUCUUUCACUUUAAAACAAAGUGAACAUUUUAGAAACACGACAACCACUUCCAUUCAAUCUUCCUUGUCGUCCCGGGAACACUUUGGACUUCCUCCUCGACUCCUUCAUCUGUCCUCACGUCGGAAAGCACGUCAUCACACGACAAUAGACCGGAAAAUCCACUCAUGGAUGACACCUUACUAUUCAUAUCCACUCUUUCCAGGGAGAGAUAUUUAACUCCACGUUUGAGCUUGUACAUCUUAACUCGGAUGUACAAGCUUGUUACCAGCUAAAUGACGACGUGCACUCAGUCAUGUUUCCACAGUUGGGUGUUUUUGCUCAUGAAAAUCAAAACUUUUCCUCACUUCAAUUCUGUAAAUCAGUACCCGUGUUUUCUCCACAGUAAUCUGGCAUUAACUGGUGACUAUGUGGAAAGAAACUUCACAUCUCACAGAGCGUCGUCUUAUUCGUAACCUACUCGCAGCCAACAUGGCGUCCAUCGUUCUUCUCACGCUCAGUUGGAGUUAUUCACAAUGUACAGCGAGGAAUAUUAACUUUGAUGUAGUUUUGUAACGUUAUUUCAGUUUACUGAAACCCUGUGGAACACUUACAGCCAUGAACAAUCGUAUUUAAGCUAAACAGUGCCUUCUUCACAUUACAAAGCCAAGUCAGACAACUGAAAACAGGUUCUUACGUUUAAGCUGUUACAGUGGAAGUCUCUUAAAGUCUUAAUUUCUGUGCUUAGUCUUAAAAGCGUGCAUGUUUACUAUCCUUCUAGAGUUAAAUCUACUUUGAUUUUAUUGUGUACUUAUUUAUAACAUUAUAAUGUGUUUUAAUAGUUAAUGAAUUUUUCGACUGGUAUGUUUUUUAAAGCAUGUGUUACAGUAUGAGUGACAGUCAAGUUAUUGGGAAAGUUGCUCCCGUUGUGUCAUAUUUACUAAAACCACUGGAUGUGAUGUUCGGAUUUGAAACGGCGAGUUCGUUAAUCGACAGUAGAGGAAGCUUUCUGAAUCGAAACAUAAUGUAACGGAUUCUUGAUGAGCAAUAAAAACUUAAUGAUUGGAAUGAUUUUGAGGACAUAAACACCCUUCAUAGUUUUCAGUCGAUGUUUGCAGUGACGGUAGAGACUGAUUUUGACCCCACUCAGUGCCUUCUGCUAAGACGUAGAUUGACAUUUUGCAGGCGAGCUUUUUUUUUUUUUUUUUUUGAUGCUGUUCCUGCUGAGUAUGAGGCAACAAGCAGAAGUUAGUUAGCGUAGCCUGAUAUUAAGCUUGGACAGAGAUAGCAGAAAAGGAAGUUAUAACAUUUCGAUUUGAUAGGUUAAACGAUUUUUUUUUUCACCUUUUGACAACGGGCUCUGCUGUCACCUUUGCAGCCUUUCUGCUACGCUAGUCUACCCAAGCUGCCGCGUUUCGAAGCGGAGUUUUAGUUCCCCACCGUAAAUGGGAUGAGUUCAUUUCACACCAGUUUCAACCUACACGCCUUUAACUUUAACACCAAUCAACUUGGCUUUCGCUUUUGCUCUUCAAUGUGCACUUAACGGCUGUUUGUUAGUAGGCAUCAUAUUGCUCUGGUUUUACUGGCUUGUGUAUUUAUUUGGAUUGUUCCUUUAAAAAAAAGUGUGUAUUUGAUGAAAAGAAA